UUGGGCCAAGAGGAACCAGAAGCUCUGCAGAUAAAAGAAGAGCAGAAAGAACCAGAACAUCCCUGGACUAAAGAGGAAACCAUGGAGCUCCCUAUAGGUGAGAACGAAGAGCAGCUUGUUCUGAAGCAGAAGACGGAAGAGAAACCUUUCCCAUGUUUUACAUGUAGAGAAAACUUCCUUAAAAAAGAACAUUUAAUGGAUCAAAUGAGAACUCGCACAGACUUCCUUCAGGAUGAUGUUGGAAAAGAGGAGGAUUUCUCUGACCAGCAGCUCUGUGAACAGGAGAAGAAUUCCAGUUUGGACCAAGAGGAACCAGAAGCUCUGCAGAUAAAAGAAGAGCAGAAAGAACCAGAACAUCCCUGGACUAAAGAGGAAACCAUGGAGCUCCCCAUUAGUAAGCAGGGAGAGCAGCUUGUUCUAAUGCAGGAGACUGAAGAUACAGGAGAUAAACCUUUCCCAUGCUUAACAUGGGGAAAAAACUUCAUAAAAAAAGAAAAUUUAAUGGAUCACAUGAUAAUUCACACAGGUGAGAAGCCUUUUGAAUCUCUGUCCUGUGUAAAAAUGUUCAAUGAGAAAUCUAAUCUUGAUACAUACAUCAGAAUUCAUCAAGGUGAGAAACCUUUCUCCUGUAUGAUUUGUAACAAGAAGUUUACUAAAAGGAGUUAUCUCACUUCUCACAUCAAAAUUCACACAGGUGAGAAGCCUUUCCCCUGUACCAGUUGUAACAAGAAGUUUACUAAAAGGAGUUUACUGGCUAUACACAUUAGAAUUCACACAGGUGAGACGCCUUUCCCCUGUACCAGUUGUAACAAGAAGUUUACUAAAAGGAGUUUCCUGGCUAUACACAUUAGAAUUCACACAGGUGAGACGCCUUUCCCCUGUACCAGUUGUAACAAGAAGUUUACUAAAAGGAGUUUCCUGGCUAUACACAUUAGAAUUCACACAGGUGAGACGCCUUUCCCCUGUACCAGUUGUAACAAGAAGUUUACUAAAAGGAGUUUCCUGGCUAUACACAUUAGAAUUCACACAGGUGAGACGCCUUUCCCCUGUACCAGUUGUAACAAGAAGUUUACUAAAAGGAGUUUCCUGGCUAUACACAUUAGAAUUCACACAGGUGAGACGCCUUUCCCCUGUACCAGUUGUAACAAGAAGUUUACUAAAAGGAGUUUACUGGCUAUACACAUUAGAAUUCACACAGGUGAGACGCCUUUCCCCUGUACGUUUUGUAACAAGAAGUUUACUUCAAAGGGUAGAUUGGCUCGUCACAUGAAAAUUCACACAGGUGAGAAACUUUUCUCCUGUACCAUUUGUAACAAGAGCUUUACUGAAAAGAGUAAUUUGACUUCUCACCUGAGAAUUCACACAGGUGAGAGGCCUUUCUCUUGUACCAUUUGUAACAAGAGCUUUACUGAAAAGAACAAUUUGACUUCUCACCUGAGAAUUCACACAGGUGAGAGGCCUUUCUCCUGUACCAUUUGUAACAAGAAGUUUACUGCAAAGGGUAAAUUGACUCGUCAUAUGAGAAUUCACACAGGUGAGAAGCCUUUCUCCUGUACAAUUUGUAAUAAAAACUUUACCGAAAAAGGUAAAUUGACUCGUCACAUGAGAAUUCACACUGGUGAGAAGCUUUUUGAAUGUCUCUCUUGUAAAAAAAGCUUCACCUCUAAGUUUAGUAUUGAUAGACACAAGGGGAGAAGCCGUUGUCCUGAAUGAUUUGUGACAAAGGUUUCAAAUGAUAAGGUAAUUUCGGUUAUCAGAUGACAUUUAUUCAUGCAUGAUCUGUAAUGAUUUUUAUUUUUGAAUUAAAAAAAACAAAAAAAACAUUUGUUUCAAAUAAGUUACAGCAGUUAGACGCCACAGGAAUUAGCAGUAGAGGCGUUUUCCAUGUUUGACUGUUGAUAAAAUGUCUCUACAACCUCCUUCACCUCAUUACAUGAGACACUCACGGGUUGAUGGUUUUUUUUGUGAAAGCCAUAAAUUAACAGCUCUGUUUAUAUAGAAACUAGAACAGAUAAGGUGUUAUAUGCUUUUUCUGUGGCAGCUCCUAAGCUGUGGAAUGAUCUGCCUCUGAGCAUAAGACAGGCCUCUUCUCUUGCUGUUUUUAAGUCCCUUCUUAAGACUUAUCUUUUUUCCUUGGCUUUUAGCACAAUU